GCGGACAGUGGAGCGGAAUAUGAGUAAAGCGCGAUAAGUUCUCUCCUCGAGCUACAAUCAUAAAUACUAACAUUAACGAUUUAUGGUUCGCAUCUUUGCUGAAUGUUGGCAUAUGGAGCCUGCUGGGUCCCCGGACGUCCCCGCGACCGAGUGGCAGAGGGUGUUUGAGCGGUGCCGGGCGGUGCCCCCUCACGUCCAGACGGCCCGCCUGGGGACAGAUGUGCCCUCGCAGGGCUUCCAGCUGGGCUUCAAGCGGCUGGUCGGCCUCGAGCAGAGGGCGCCGCAGGACCCCCAGGGGGCGCGGUGUCAGCUGCGCGUCUCCCUCUUCGAUGUCGCCCGCAGACACUUCUUCGGGAGGACGUGGAAGGGGGCGCCGCAGCCGAUGCGCUCCAGCGCUGGAGAGCCCAGCACGGUGCCCUUCAACGAGGUCCUCUACUUCCACACCUCGCUCAGGAUACCCGGCGUGGUGGCCGUCGUCGAGGUCGUGUCCGUGGCGGACAAAUCCGACGGCUCCCAGCAUGCACUGGGCUGCGGCUUUGCAAUACUACGCCUCUUUCCCGGCAAGGGCGAUCCGGCGGAACCUCCUGACUCUCAGCCACAGAGGAGGUUGUGUGUGUACCAGGGGACCCCGAGGGCCCUGCUUCACCCGGCACUGCAGGACCCCGCAGAGCAGAGCGGGCUCCUCAAGCUGCUCGAGGGGGUCUACCUGCACUACUCCCUCCAGCCGCACUCACCACUGCAGCUGGUCAUGGCCCUGCUCCCCCAGAACACGCUGGUGUCCGGCUCAGAGCCCAUCCCUGGGGUCGUGCCCUCCUCUGACAUCACAGCGGAUGCGCUCCGCAAGCCGAGGCUCUUGAAGACCUUCACCUGCUCCUUGGACAAGCUCUCCAUCGUGCUCCAUCCUUCCCUGGAGAAGUUCGAGGAGGAGCUGCUGCAGCUGCUCAACUCGGAUCGCCUCAGCCAGACGAACUGCGGUCCAGAUGGCGGCGCUCUGGCGGUCCAGGAGCGGCGGCUGCACGUGGCGGUGCACAACGGCUGGGGCUUCCUGGAGCGGCCGCAGGUGGUGGUGCUGGAGCCCGAAAGCGAGGGAUCGAGAAGCCGCAGCGGGGGAGGGCAGCGGCAGAGCUCCGCCAGCAGGCUCAGCUCGCACUCCCAGGUCCUGGCUCUCCGCAGCCACGUGCAGCUCAAAGGCCUGGCGCACCACCCGGCGUUCGCCGUCGUCUUCCAGCUGGAGUACGUCUUCUCGGCGCCCGUCGGCAGAGACGGGAAGCCUUCGACCACCUCCUCCUCCAGGAUGGCCUUCAUGCAGUGCGUGCGCUGGGCGGCCUGGAGUCCCUUCCAGGAGACGGACGGCGUCCCCGAGGCCUUGGACGUGCGCGUGGCAUUACGUGGAGGGGCCGGGCCCAACCCCGAGGGUGUCAUGGUCUACGCUGUGGCUCCUCUUGGGCGGAGCUCCACCGAGGUGAAGGACGUGGAGGGAGGAACCGUAAAGUUCAGGUUCUCGACCCGCUCUGACGGCCAGUCUGCCUGCAGUGUCGUCCCCAUCCAGAGCAGAGCGGAGGACACGUCACGGCUUAAGAAGACACCCUCUCCGGCCAGAGGACGACGCGACCCGACGACGCCCCUCCGUUCCCCUCCAGAGUCACCGCAGGGACCUGGGCUGUCCAUUUCCCAACUCGCCGUAACUCCCCGCUACCCCACCAUCAGCCACUCGGUAGCGUCUCCAUGGCAACAGCAGCUUCCGCCGCAGCUGUACCCCUCCCCGGCGAGCGCGGCCUACCGCCUGUCACAUGCCGAGAUACCCUGCGCCAGUGGCAUCGCCCACCUGGAGGUUGGCCUGAACAGGACUCCCGUGCAGAUGGCCGUGCCGGAUGAGGAGCCGCUGCAGGAGCUGCCGUUCACCCCCGUGCACGCUCCCGUCAUCGCCCUGGGAACGCAGACGUCUGGUUCUCCCACCUACAUGUCGCGAAGUUCCAUGGCCCACCUCUACUCAGCUGGCUUCCCGGACAUACUGGACUAUGACGGGCAGGUAGCCGAGGUCCUGGACCCUAAAGAACCCGUGAACUUCAACCCCCAGAAAGAGGAGCUCGACGUCCUGCAAUCCAACAAGCUCAUUCUGCAGUUCCUGGCCUUCUCCAGGCUUCCCCAGGAGGGCAUGGACCCGAACUGGCCCAAGACGGUGUACUUCACCUUCCAGGUGUAUCGCUUCCCACCGGUGAGGACCCAGCGGCUGUUGCUGGUCGAUGCUGACGGCGCCCCCGGGGACGAAUACCCCUGCAUUCUCGCCGCAGUCAACGCAGACGGGACCGUCGACUCCGGCUCUCCGGGUCUGGAGCUGGACUAUCUGGUGGACCCCGACUUCCUGAAGCCCGGUGAACUCCGCUGGUUCCUGCGCUACCUCGCACUGCACACCCUGCACAUCGACGUCUGGGACGGAGACUCGCUCCUGCUUGUCGGAUCUGCGGCUGCAGAGCUCAAGCAUCUGCUGCGACAAGGAAGGCCGGCCGUGCAGGUGACCCAGGACCUCGAGGUCAUCACCACUGAGUACUUCCAGGAGGGAGACGGUGGAGGGAGCGGGGCUCUGGCCCCCAUCGACGUGUUCACCACCGUCAAAGGGACACUGCACCUGCGCUUAGGCAAUGUUGGGCUUCCGUUCGACGCGAGCGUGAAACGCUCCAGCAUCCUGCCGGCCUCCCGCUCCCACAUCGUCCUCCCCCACGAUGGCACCGGGGGCUUCGGCGGAGGAAGCCUGUCGGCCCAGACCAUUCCGGGCCGCAACGUGCGGAGGGCGUGCCACGCCCAUCGCUUGGUGGAUAUCGAUGCAAACCUGGCCUCCUUGCUGCGGAGCAGCGCCCCUCGGGGCCACGCGCGGCCCGGGUCCGAGAGCGAGGCGGAGGAGGACGCGGCCCGUCGGCGCAAGCUGGCCCGCAUGGAAGCCGUGCGCCGGUACGAGGAGCAGGGUCACGUCGAGGCCCCGCCCCACAUCGCGAGCCGCCAGGAGGAGCGUCUGAAGCAGUCACGGGACCUGGGCCUGAUUGAGGCGUACCGCGAGCGUUCCAAGGUCGAGAGCAUCACCAGAAUGCUGAGCCUGGCCAUCACGACCCGACACAGGGUGUACGCCGCGCUGGGCGCCGCCGAGUUCUUCGAGUUCCCCCUCAAGAACCCGUUCAACGUGCAGCAGACGGUCACCAUCGAGUGCGAAGACCCAGAGCUCAGUGUCAUUGUGGACAGUGCCGAAUGGAGGCAUUUCAAGGAUCUGACCCAAACCCCGACUCCCCUCGAGGAGCACAUGUUCCACCUGAAGGAGGGCUCCGCAGGCCCCCAGGUCUACCUGAGGCCCAAAGAGACCGUGUAUGUCCCUUUGAAGUAUCAGACCUUCACCUCGCCGCGCGCCUUGCAGGAACCGACCAACGUACCUACUGGUGUCAGUAGCAGACUGGCGCAGAAGCAACAGCUGAACACAACCCAGGCCAAAACCAUCAAGGUGGUCUUCCGGGCGGGGGAUGGGAAGCCCGUGGCGAUCUGCCAGGUGGAUGUGGAGCCCACGCCACACGUGAUCGACCAGACGUUCCGGUUCUACCACCCCGAGCUAACGUUCCUGAAGAAGGCGAUUCGGCUGCCGCCGUGGGAUAGCGUGCCAGGGUCGACGGUAGGAGGCACGGGUCGGGAGCAGCGGAUCCACGUGCGCUGUAGUGACCCCAACGUCAUCUGUGACACUAAAAGUGUGGACCCCGGGGAACCCCAGGACGUGUUCCUGAAAGUCGCGGGCAGCCAGAGUCCGCAGAUAAAGAAGUUCUUCAUUCUCGUGUUCACGGACGAGCGGCUGGCGGCACCGGCGCAGAUCUGGCAGGUGUACGUGCACUUCCUGCAGCGCGUGGACAUCAGCUGUGUGACCGGCCAGCUCACCUGGCAGUCUCUGGUCCUCCGCGGCACCCGGGCCCUCCGCAAGGUCAAGUGCCACACCUCUCACCCCGGAGAGAUUCAGGUGGACCCCGCAGAGGUGUUUGCGCUGCCUCCGAACGCUGUGCAGGACCUGCGCGUCGGGGUGCGCCCGCGCCGGGCUGGUGCCAGGUUCGCGUACCUGAACGUGGCGGACGUGGAACGCCACCAACUGGUAGCCUCGUGGCUGCUGUGCGUGUCCUGCCGGCAGCCGCUCAUCUCCAAGGCCUUUGAGAUUGUUCUUCCAGCGGGUGGCGCAAAGGGCAGCAGCAAGAAGAUCACGUACACGAACCCGUACCAGAACGCGAGGGGCUUCCUGCUGCGCACGGACCACCCAGAGCUCCUCCACUUCAAAGAGGACUCCUUCCAGGUUGGGGGAGGGGAGACCCACAGCAUCGGGCUCCGAUUUGCGCCCAGCCAGAGCCCCGGCACUGAGGAGAUCCUCGUCUUCAUCAACAACCAGGACGACAAGAACGAGGAGACGUUCUGCAUCAGGGUGCGGUACCGCUGAGCUCCAGGGACGCCAGGGGUCGGAGCCCACCUCAGGACCCCCCCCCCCCCCCCCCCCACCCCGCUCGCGGUCGCCGAGGCCUGACGGGGCGGACGCCGUCGUCAUGGAGACGCAGCGCGGCGAAGGCCUGUCCCACAGUGUUAGCAGUUCUACCUCGACUUCCAAAAAAUGCCAAAAGAGAGCAGUAAAAAAUGACUAAAUAAAUAAAAAGCAGAGUUGCCCCCCCCCCCCCCCCCCAGUGGGUGUGAUCAGGUGUGACGGGAGUGAGUUUUAUUAAAUAUGGAAUAAAAUGCUGUAUUUCUCUUGGAGUCCUUUGAAAAGUAAGGCAGCUUAUUAAAUAUGCAGUUCCUUUUUGUACUACAGUAACGGGAGCGUUUAAAGACUUUUCCGUUUUCCAGUCAGGGAUCCGCGGAGGAGUGAAAACUUCUGUAUGUCGGCAUUAAUUGUAUUGAUUAAGGCAAAUAAAUUAUUGAAACA